GAGCCCAUAUGGCGAAAAUGGAUGUCCGGGAGGCAGCAAGGAAGCAGGAGUAUGGAGAACAGGAGCGACGAUUUAGAGCUCUUCAACAUCAAUUCAGCUUAUUACAGACUGAGGUUCAGGCUCGUACCUCCUUUACUCCUGAGCCACGCCCGACCAAUUUAGAUUAUCUUGAUGGCCAGGGUGGAGAUGCAGAUCCUGGAACCCGACGUUCUCCUCACCAGUUUACCUCCCACACAAGGGAUGCUGACCCUAAUGUUGAUUAUUCUGGACCAAUGUGGCCUCGUGAACCUCGACUGGAAAAGUUAGCUGACUCUGAUGAUAUAGAGCAUUUUUUAAUAACUUUUGAGCGAAUCGCCACAGCUUGCCGCUGGCCCAAGGCUGAUUGGACUUUUCACUUGAUUCCGUUAUUGACUGGCAAAGCAAGGGCUGCAUAUGUUAAUAUGGAUUUGGAUGAUUGUAUCGAGUAUGAGAAGGUCAAGGCAGCCAUCCUCAUUAAAUACGAUAUCAGUGCAGAGACCUAUAGACAGAGGUUUCGCUCCUUAGAUGUCUAUCCAUCCGAGAGUCCAAAAGAACUGUACAUAAGGCUGAAGGAACUCUAUGGCAAGUGGAUUAGACCCCGGGAGAAAACCAUCGAAGAGGUGGGUGAAAUGAUCAUUCUAGAACAGUAUCUUCGCAUGCUUUCUCCUGAACUCCAGGUCUGGGUCCGGGAACGGGACCCUAGGACCGCAGCGGAUGCCGCGUCAUUAGCUGAUGUCUUUGUGGCUGCAAGAAAAAAGAAUCAACCGUGGAGUUGGACAACUGGUAGUGACUCCCGACGGGCCCCGUUCCAUCAGAAACCGGUGCCUGGGGCGGGUAAGUCUCCCAAGGGAGAUUUUCCAGAAGUUAGACGGCAUAACAUUUUAAGAGGACCAGUCAUUUGUUUCCAGUGCGGACAAGAGGGCCACACAAGGCCAGCCUGCCCACAAAAUGCUGCUAAACUAACUAACUUGUGUUAUGCUCCCAGAGGCAGCGCAGCAAAGAUAACCAAACCAAAGGUACUGUUACAGAUCAAGACGGUGACCGUAAACGGGAAAGAACUGAAGGCCCUAGUGGAUACUGGGAGUGACCAGACUCUGGUGAACAGGAAAUUUGUGGCUCCAUCUUUAAUUAGGGCCUAUAAUAAAUUACCCAUCUGCUGCGUACAUGGGGAGGAAAGAAUGGUGCCAACUGCAGACCUAUAUAUUGGGGUUGAAGGUCAAACCUACCUGUUAGAAGUAGGGGUAGCAGAUAAUCUUCCGUAUCCCGUAGUUCUUGGUCGUGAUUUACCAGUGCUCCUAGAUCUGGUCAAGCCCGUGCAGCAGUGCAACAUAGUGAUAACAAGGGCCAUGGCAAAGCAGCCGGAAGAAGCGAUACAGACUCUUUCGACACUGCCCUUUUAUGACGUAGAUUUAGCGAUGGGCAUCACAAAAUCAAGAAAAUCUAGACGUCAAAAGAGACGAGCAAAGCUUGGGUAUAAUGCCUCCCAAUUGCCCGUAGAGAGCACAUGCAAUCUAACCCCACAUGUCCAGCUGCCUACUAACAUAAUUGCAUUACAGCAAAAAGAUGUUAGUCUUGCUGUUUGCCUACAGAAAGCAAACCAGGAGACCACAGGGGAGGGACCCACUAAUGACAAGGGUGAGCAUUUUGUAUUUGAACAGGGCAUACUCUACCGCCAAAUCGGACUGGUAAAACAGCUGGUGGUUCCGCAGGAUACUCGAGAGGUUGUCCUUCACCUGAGCCAUUCCAUUCCCUGGGCUGGCCACCUAGGGAAAAAGAAAACCACUGCACGUAUCAAAAGACACUUUUACUGGCCCGGCUUGGAAACGGAUGUUGCCCAGUACUGUAAAAGUUGCCCUGAUUGUCAAAAAGUAUCCAUCAAACGUCCAUCAAGAGUGCCCCUCCAGCCCCUUCCUGUAAUCAGUACACCAUUCGAACGUCUGGGCAUGGAUGUCGUUGGCCCUGUGGAAAAGAGCUGUGCAGGUAACCGGUUUCUACUGGUGAUCACUGAUUAUGCUACGAGGUACCCAGAGGUAUUCCCUUUAAAGUCUGUCAAAGCUAAAUAUGUUGCAACUUGUCUAGUCCAGUUCUUUUCCAGAGUCGGACUGCCAGCUGAAAUUCUCACUGACCAAGGGACCAAUUUCAUGUCCAAUCUCCUGAAACAAGUCUACCAGUUGCUGGGUAUUAAGAGUUUGCGGACAACACCUUACCAUCCUCAAACUGAUGGGCUCACAGAACGAUUUAAUCAGACAUUGAAACAAAUGCUGCGGAAAUUUGUUGGUGAGACUGGCCGGGACUGGGACCAAUGGCUCCCGUAUCUUCUUUUUGCUUAUAGAGAAGUACCCCAGGCUUCUACCGGGUUUUCUCCGUUUGAGCUCUUAUACGGCCAUGAAGUUCGGGGACCUCUGACACUACUUAAAGAAGUCUGGGAAGGCGACCAUGGUGAGAGUGAGCCUAUUAACAUUGUGUCUUAUGUCUUGCAAAUGAGGGAACGUCUGGAGAAAAUGAGGACUUUGGCGCAGACCCACCUGAUGGAGGCCCAGAAGCACCAAAAAACAUGGUACGACCAAACGGCACGGGAAAGAGGCUUUGUGGUUGGAGACCGAGUACUUGUGAUGCUGCCGAGUCAGGAGAGCAAGCUGUUGGCCAAGUGGCAGGGCCCCUUCGAGAUCAGGAACCAGCUAGGCCCCACCACGUAUGAAGUGGUCAUUCCAGGGCAAGAUCGUGCUAGCCGAGUACUUCAUGUCAACCUUUUGAAGAAGUGGGUAUCCCGACCUGAGCAGAGAGCGCAAGUGAUGAUGAUUCGUCAUGUGAAGGAGGAGGAGGAAUGGGAAGACCAGUACUUGCCUCGACCAGUAGCUGGAAAUAUUCAUCUGGAGCAUCUGCCUGAAGAUCAGCAAUCCCAGGUGAGAGCUCUAUGUACCCCUGAAACCUUCUCAGAAUAUCCUGGUUUGACAUCUUUGAUACAACAUGAUGUGAUAUUAAAACCUGAUGCAGCUGUUAGACGUAUGAGUUACAGAAUACCUGAGAGACUCCAAGAGGACUUGAAGGAGGAAGUGAACUUGAUGCUGAGACUGGGAAUUAUUGAACCCUCUAAAAGCGAGUGGUGCCAUCCGGUGGUCCUAGUACCGAAAAAGGAUGGGAGUAUCCGGUUUUGUAUUGACUUCCGGUACUUGAAUUCUGUAUCACAGUUUGACUCAUAUCCUACUCCCCGUAUAGACGCCUUAAUUGAUCGAUUGGGCAAAGCCAAAUACCUGACGACCAUCGAUUUGUCCAAAGGGUAUUGGCAGAUACCAUUGACACAACAGGCCCGUCCUUUAACAGCAUUUAGGACACCAUGGGGGCUAUUCCAUUUCCGGGUUUUACCCUUUGGCCUGCAUGGGGCACCGGCUACCUUUCAGAGACUUAUUGACCAGGUGUUACAUGGGCUAACCUUUGCUGCAGCUUAUUUGGAUGACAUAGUCAUCUACAGUACUACCUGGGAGGAGCAUGUUCAACACCUUCAAGAGGUUCUACAGCGUCUGCAAGAAGCAGGCCUCACAGUGAAUCCUGCCAAGUGUGCUGUAGCCAGGACGGAAACAGAGUACCUGGGCUUUGUCAUUGGCAACGGGGUAGUGCGACCACAAGUCAAAAAGGUCCAGGCAUUAGAGGAAGCUCCCAUUCCUCAGACACGUAAGGAACUCAGGUCCUUUCUGGGAAUGGCGGGAUUUUAUAAUCGUUUUAUCCCUCACUUUUCUAGCAGGGCUGCCCUGUUGACAGAUAUGGUGGGGGUUCGAUGUCCAAAUCAAUGGCAGUGGUCAGAAGAAAGGAUGACGGCCUUUCGAGAUAUUCAAUCGGCGUUAAGAGAAAAUGCUGUGCUGUACAGUCCAGACUUUGAUCAAGAAUUUAUUGUGCAGACGGAUGCCUCUGAGAGGGGCAUAGGGGCUGUGUUGUUACAGGGACCACCUGGUGAGCGACGGCCUGUGGCUUUCAUUAGCCGCAAACUCUUUCCAAGGGAAGUCCGCUAUUCGACAAUAGAGAAGGAAUGUUUGGCAGUUAAAUGGGCCCUAGACUCCUUGAGAUAUUACCUACUUGGAAGGGAGUUCAAGUUGGAAACGGACCAUAAAGCUCUCCAGUGGCUGGAAAGGAUGAAAGAUACCAAUGGGAGGAUCACACGGUGGUAUCUGGCUAUGCAGCCUUUCCGGUUCACUGUCCAGCACGUUCCGGGCAAGUCCAAUGUGACCGCUGACUACUUCUCUCGUUGUAUCCACGAGAUGCCUGAAGGGAGGGGGUGUGUGAUGGCCGAACCUGUGGCCACACAUUGAUAAGGUUUAAGUUACCGUGGCAUGGAGGUUGGAUGAAUGGCGUUGACUCAGGUGUGCGUCUUUCCGUCAUCGCGGUCUUGACUGACAAAAGGCUGAGGCGCGUGCGGCAGUCAAUAUUUAUGGUCUGAGCAUUCC